AGAGUGGCAUCAGGUGAAGAAUUAGAAGAAAUAGUCAAGUGCCUUCAUUGUCGUGGAAUUCGUGAAAAGGAAUUAGUGAAAGUUCUACAGAGAUAUGUUGAUUGUCCAAAUUAUGUCAUCAAUACUGGCAAGAAAAAUGCAAUAAGUGAUGAACAGAAGGAAUUAGAAUCAGAACUAUCGAAAGAUAGUGAGAAGUUAUUCCUGGAAGUGGAACAUGAGUGUGAUCUGUCAGCACUAGAAACAAUGGAAGCUCUGGAAUCUAGGAUUUAUCAGGCCAGUCUACAAGUUAAGGGUUGGAAAUCAAUAGCCAAAGCAACAGAUGAUCCUAGCCUUGAACUCAUCAGCAGACGUAAGACUCCAGAAAACAAGAAUCAACGUCAUCCAUUGGAUAUUGCUAAAGAAAGACUAUUGUUACUCGAGUCUAAUAUUGAGAGAAGAUAUCUUAAACCACCUCUUAAAAUAGAACAUGAUGCCACACCUGGUUUGUUAACAUGGAGGAAUGUGGUUGCCAAGGUUGCGUCUCCAGCUCAACUUGUUUUAUGUGUCAAUCAACUCAGUUCUUCUAUAUCUUGGGAGAAGUCUAUCAUGAAAGUUAAAUGUGAAAUUUGUCGUAAAGAUGAUAAUGAAGCUCAGUUAUUACUAUGUGAUGGAUGUGAUAAGGGAUAUCAUACCUAUUGUUUUAAACCUAAAAUGGAUAUCAUACCUGAUGGUGAUUGGUAUUGUUAUGAAUGUAUUUCAAAGAAGUGGCAAUGUGCUGCCUGUUGUGAAAAGAAGACUAAAAAGGGAGGUAAACGAGGACCUAAGAAGAAGUCUCUAUCAUUGACGUCUGAUAAAAAAGACACAGAGAGUAAUAAUGCUGAGUCACCAACUCCUACACCACCACCUAGUGUUGAAAAGAAGAAAAAAGAACCACCUAGUGUCACAAGAGAUGCUGAUCUCAUCUUGUGCAAAACUAUUUUAUCUGAUAUGGAGAAACAUGAUGAAGGGUGGCCAUUUUUACAACCAGUCAACGGAAAACAAUUUCCAUCUUAUCGCAAAAUAAUCAAACAUCCUAUGGAUUUUAACACAAUGAAAACUAAACUCAGGGAUAAUUUAUAUAAGUCACGUAUAGAAUUUGCCGGUGAUGCACAUCUAGUGUUUGAUAAUUGUGUAACAUUUAAUGAAGAUGAGUCAGAAGUGGGAAAAGCUGGUCAUGAUAUGAGAGAAUAUUUCCAAAAACGCUAUACUGACUUGUUUCCAGACGACAGCUAG